CGUUACCGGAAGUUGCCAGAGCCGGUGUACUGGAGUGACCUUCUAGCGCUCGUGUGUUGUUGACAGCCGCUUACGAGGACAAAUCCAUUAAAAUGGUUUUUGAAGAGAAAAUGAUCAUGAAUGGCGAGCCCGAUGAGGAUGAAGAAGAGGAUGAAGAGGAAGAAGAAGAAGAAAUGGUGGAUCCCCUUGAGUCUUUGAGACAGAAAUGUGAAGAGGCUGAACACUGCGUCCACACUCGGGGGCGUCUGGAAGAAUGUGAGACCAGAGUGGGGUCUCGAUCUUCAACUGAGGAAGACUGCACUGAAGAGCUGUUUGAUUUCCUCCAUGCAAGGGACCACUGUGUGGCUCAUAAAUUAUUCCAUUCUGUGAAAUGAAAGCCUGUGGAUAUGGACCCAGUGGUUGAAUGUUUUAUUUUGUCAUUGUAGUGUGUCUCCUCUGUCUGUCUAGCCAUGGUGCUAGUUAGAUACUAGCAAAUGUUCAAUAAAGUUCAUAGCUG